AUGAGACUCAACACUUUGUUGCUAGCAUUGGGGAUUUCGGCGUCUCUCCGGGGGGUACAAGCCGAGACUCAAGUUGAGGAGUCCAUCGCUUCUAUCUGGGACGACUUCAAGAAUGCAGUGGACUGCGGUGCCUGCCAGGUUCUCCUCGGUAGCAUCAAAGUUACCGCAGGGCUUGGUGAAAAAUUCAUGAUCGAUGUAUUCACUGGGUUGUGCAAAAUCAGCGGUGUACAGGUCGAGGACCCAGAUGUCUGCACUGGGAUUAUCAAGAAAGAAGGACCUGCACUGCAUGAUACUUUCAGAGCUUUACAUCUUAAUUCCGACGUCUCCAAGACACUGUGCGCUAGUUUGGUCGGGCUCUGCAAGCACCCUGAUGUCCAUCCCUACAGUCUAACGUUCCCCUCACCCAAGCCAAAGACUGCGAGGCCGCCACCUAGCGGCAAGACACCGCUCAAGGUUGUCCAUUUCAGCGAUACACAUGUGGACCUCCUCUACGAGCCUGGGUCCAGCUACGAAUGCUCCAAGCCAAUCUGUUGCAGAUUUUGGUCGGAUAAAUAUGCACCAGAGAACACGGAACACCCAUGUGGACCAUUUGGAAACACAAAGUGUGACCCACCACAAAUACUUCAGGAGAGCUUGCAUGCUGCUAUCGCAGACAUUAAUCCGGAGUUCUCUAUUUACACCGGCGAUGUGGUGGCUCACGAUAUCUGGUUGGUUGACGAGGCCGAAGCCCUGAACGGGCUCAAUGCCACGUACAGUGCAAUGGAAAAAGAUAUCGGCACUGUGUACGCUGCCAUAGGAAAUCAUGACACCGCACCACUCAACCUCUUUCCUCCUGAUGCUUCGAGUGAAGCUAAUCCCCAAUGGACGUACGAGGCUCUUGCCGAAGAUUGGUACGGACUCACGGGCGUUCCUUCCGUGAAAUCUGCAGACCAAUUUGCGUCAUACUCGGCCAUUCAUCCCGACAGCAACCUGCGCAUAAUAUCUUACAACAGCAUCUUCUACUACAUAUACAACUUCUAUAUGUAUCAGGAACCAAUGGGGAAGGACCCACGGAGACAAUUUGAAUGGCUAAUCAAUGAACUUCAGGCCGCCGAGGACGCAGGCCAACGCGCAUGGCUGAUCUCUCACAUCCCAUCCGGUGUACCUGAUCAUUUCCGCGACCAUUCAGAGUACUUCGACCAGAUUGUACAGCGCUACGAAGCCACCAUUGCAGGGUUGUUCUAUGGUCAUACGCACCGGGAUGGAUUUCAGGUCGCAUACUCCGACUACAACAACCGAGACUGGGACACAGCCACUGCAAUUGGUUAUAUCGCACCAGCGGUGACGCCCACGGAAGGCUCACCCUCUUUCCGCGUCUACGACAUCGAUCCGGUCACCUUCGGUAUCCUGGAUUACACUCAGUACAUUGCCAACAUCAGCGACCCAUCCUUCCAAACAAAGCCACAAUGGGUACCCUAUUACUCCGUCAAAGCAGACUACGGAUCCAAGAUCUCUCCUCCGCUCACUGAUCCAAAAGCCGAGAUUACUCCAGCUUUCUGGCACAACGUCACUGUCGCCAUGGAACACAAUACGACCAUUUUCCAAGAUUAUUGGGCGAGACGUGUCCGCGGAUUCGAAGUCGAGAGCUGCAAUGACGACUGCAUGAAAAAUGAGAUAUGCCUUCUUCGUGCGGCUAAUGCACAGUAUAACUGUAAUAAGCCGAAGGCUUUCGACUUUUCUAAGCGAGAUGGACAAGAAGGUGAUAUCUUGCUGGGAAAGAAGCCUCAUAUUGACUGCGACCAUGCUGGAAUGGCAACCUUGAUCUCAAAGAUGGCGUAUCGGGCGAGACUUGAGCGGAGAAAGGAGCUUGCGGCUUGA